CGGAGAUUAUUUAGGAAGAAGAAAUAUGCGUGGACUCUUCUUAUUUUACAAUUCCAGGUAAAUCAUCACCAAGCGGGGAAUCGACUUCUGCUCGCUGUCAGUCUCGAUCACCAUGGGUCACUGGCUGGGGGAAAGCGAGGCUGAAGAAGGUGUGGUAUGCCUGGAAGGGAAGAAGGCGAUCCUGGUACCAUACAUGUGGGAGCAUGUUCCGAAGUAUCACGAGUGGAUGAAGGACCCGGCACUGCUCCUCGCCACUGGAUCAGAGCCACUCACCCUAGAUCAGGAGUACGAUAUGCAUCUUUCCUGGACCAAGGACCCCAAUAAACAUACGUUUAUUGUGUUGGAUAGGGAGUUGAUUAAAGGAGAAUUUUCUCAUGGAGAGCCCCAUAUUGAAGGUUUUUUGUUUUCUACUUUGCGUGUGCUUCACCCGGCUGUUUCUAUUUUCUCUGUUAUUCUGUUUCAUUUCUAGGGUUUAGGUAAAUGUUGUUGACCCAU